CCAGGCGCUGCGGACGGCUGGCUAACGCUGAAAAAUGGCUGCGUUUCUACAGUGGAGGAAGUUUGUUUUCUUCGAUAAGGACGCGGUGAAGGAUCCCACAGAUGGAGGGAAACUUCUGCUUCUUCCCAAAGGAAUUUCAGCCAGCGACUCCGGCCGCGGCCAUAUUGUUUUGGGAGAUAUGGAAGGCCAGAUCUGGCUGCUGCCGCGCUCCCUGCAGCUCACGUCUUUCCAGGCGUACAAGCUGCGGGUCACUCACCUGUUCCAGCUGAAGCAGCACAGCAUCCUGGUGUCGGUGGGGCAGGAUGAACAAGGCAUCAACCCUCUGGUGAAGGUCUGGAACCUGGACAAGAGAGACAGUGGGAACCCGCUGUGCACCAGGAUCUUCCCUGCAGUUCCCAGUAACAAACCUGCAGAGGUGUCCUGCCUUAGUGUCCAUGAGAACCUGAACUUCAUGGCUAUUGGCUUCACGGACGGCAGCGUGGUUCUGACCAAAGGGGACAUCACCAGAGACCGCCACAGUAAAACGCUGACCUUGCACGAGGGCGGCUGCCCCGUCACGGGCCUGGCCUUCCGCCAAAUGGCCAAAGUGACGCACCUGUUUGUGGCGACUCUGGAGAAAGUCUUUUGCUACACUCUGUCCAUCAAGGAGUAUCCCAGGGUGGAGCUGGACACCCACGGCUGCGCCCUGCGCUGCUCCUCUCUGGCCGAUCCGUCCCAGGACUCCCAGUUCAUUGUUGCCGGGGACGACUGCGUGUACCUGUACCAGCCUGAUGAGCGGGGGCCAUGUUUCGCCUUCGAUGGCCACAAGCUGCUGGCCCACUGGCACCGGGGCUACCUGUUCCUCCUCAACAGAGACCUGAAGUCACCCAGCAAGUCAGGGUUCGGCAGCGGCGGCGAGAGCUCGCCGUCAGAGAAGCAGGUUUUAACCAUCUAUGACCUGGACAACAAAUUCAUCGCCUACAGUGCCUCGUUCGAUGAUGUCAUCGACGUGUUGGCCGAGUGGGGCUCCUUCUACAUUCUGACCAGAGACGGAAAAAUGUUUGUUCUUCAGGAGAAAGACACGCAGACCAAACUGGAGAUGCUGUUCAAGAAGAACCUGUUUGUCAUGGCCAUCAACCUGGCUAAGAGUCAGCACCUGGACAGCGACGGGCUGUCAGAGAUCUUCCGACAGUACGGUGACCACCUGUACCUGAAGGGAGACCACGAUGGCGCCAUCCAGCAGUACAUUAGAACCAUCGGGAAGCUGGAGCCUUCGUACGUCAUCAGGAAAUUCCUGGAUGCCCAGAGGAUUCACAACCUCACAGCGUACCUGCAGGCCCUCCACCGCCAGUCCCUGGCCAACGCCGACCACACCACCCUGCUGCUCAACUGCUACACCAAGCUGAAGGACAGCUCCAAGCUGGAGGAGUUCAUCAAGAGCAGUGAGAGUGAGGUCCACUUCGACGUGGAGAUCGCCAUCAAGGUUCUCCGUCAGGCCGGGUACCACAGUCACGCCGUGUUCCUGGCUGAGCGCCAUCAGCACCAUGAGUGGUACCUGAAGAUCCAGCUGGAGGACCUGAAGAACUAUCAGGAGGGUCUGCGCUACAUCGGCCGCCUGCCUUUCGAACAGACCGAGAGCAACAUGAAGCGCUAUGGAAAGACGCUCAUGCACCACGUUCCUGAAGGCACCACUGCUCUGCUGAAGCGCCUGUGCACCAACUACCAGCCCACUGGAGACUGUGUGGAGAAGGCAAAUUCUGAAGAAUUUAUCCCCAUUUUUGCCAAUAAUCCUCGAGAGUUGAAAGCCUUCCUGGAGCACAUGAUCGAGGUGGACCCGCGCUCAUCGCAGGGCGUGUACGACACGCUGCUGGAGCUCCGCCUGCAGGACUGGGCACACGAAAAAGACCCAAAGGAGAAAGCGGUGCGGCAGGGAGAGGCGCUGUCGCUGCUCCGGAGCGACAACACUGUGUUCGAUAAGGCCUUGGUGCUCUGCCAGAUGCACAACUUUAAAGAAGGAGUCCUCUACCUGUACGAGAAAGGCCAGCUGUACCAGCAGAUCAUGCACUACCACAUGCAGAACGAGGAGUACGGGAAGGUGGUGGAUGCCUGUAAGCGCUACGGAGAGCAGGAGGGCUGCCUCUGGGAGCAGGCUCUGGGAUACUUUGCCAGGAAGGAGGAGGACUGUAAGGCCUACAUCAGCGAGGUCCUCGAUCACAUUGACCAGAAGAACCUGAUGCCUCCAUUACUGGUCGUGCAGACGCUUGCCCACAACUCCACGGCCACCCUGUCUGUGAUCAAAGACUACCUCAUCAAUGAGCUGCAGAGAGAGAGCCAGCAGAUCGAAGACGACGAGCGGAAGAUCAGCCAGUACCGCGAGGAAACCGCUCACCUUCGCUCUGAAAUCCAGGAGCUGAAGACCAGUGCCAAGAUAUUCCAGAAGACCAAGUGCAACAUGUGCAACAGCCCCCUGGAGCUCCCGUCUGUCCACUUCCUGUGCAGCCAUUCCUUCCACCAGCACUGCUUUGAGAGUUACGCCGAGAGUGACGCAGAGUGUCCAACAUGCACUCCAGAAAACCGCAAAGUCAUGGAUUUGCUGCGCGCUCAGGACCAGAAGCGGGAUCUUCAUGAGCACUUCAGUAGACAGCUGCGGAGCUCCAAUGACGGUUUUUCUGUGGUGGCUGAUUACUUUGGUCGAGGAGUGUUCAACAAGCUGACGCUGGUCACCGACCCUCCAGGGAGCAAAGCUGUGGGGAGUCUGGAGGUCAGCCUGCAGCGAGACCUGCUGAUCCACACCAAGAGGAACAGCUGAGCUGAGAGGCGCCGCUCCUACGCUGAUCAUCUGGCUGAUGAUGGGAAGCUCUGGAACUGUUUGCUUCUUUUUUUUCACAGAGAAAUGAAUAACUGCCUCUUAAAUUAUUCAGUUUAAGCGUUCGGUAACUAAGUUUAACGUUAUAAUGUGUUUUAUUAUUCAUUAACACUGUCCUGCUUGGAUACCAAGCCUGGGAUUGAACCACCAUGUUAUAUCAGUAAUAAAAGGAUCUGUCAG